AUGGUCCCCCUCCACAAGCACCGAGGAGGCCAGGCCAUCCCCCCGCCGUUCAGCAUGGAAGAAGCAAACGCAGACCAGCAGCAGCCCAUGGGCCCCGUCGGCCCAGCCCUCCCGCCCGACGCAGCACCCGCGGACCCUCCCUCCGCUCCCGGCGGAGGAGGCGGCGGCGGCGGCCAGGGCCCGGUGAUACUCUCGGACGUGAUGGGCCGGGACAGGAGCAUCAACAUCUUCGCGGGCUUCAUCCGCGACAUCGAGACGGCGGCGCGGCGGCUGGACGACUCGGCGCAGAACUCGACGGUGCUGGCGCCGCUCAACUCGGCGAUCGAGGCGCUGCCCCGCAAGCCGUGGGAGGACCCGCGCGACUACGGGCGGCUGGGCGCGGACGCGUACGAGGGCGAGGACGGCCAGGAGCGCGCGCAGCGCAACCUGCGGCGCUUCGUGGAGGCGCACAUCGUGCCCAAGAGCCCGUGGGACGCCGGCGAGAGGGUGAGGGCGCUGGACGCCGGCGGUGGCGAGGUGUGGUGGGAGGACAAGGACGGUGUCAAGGUGGUCCAACCCGGGAACAUCGAGGUUGUCAAUGUUGCUAGCACGGUUGCGAAUGGUCAAGUGUGGAUUCUCAAGGGCGUGCGCAACUACGCUUAA